GGUUGGCCUGGAGCCCACGUAGGCGCGUUUAUCUACUUCAACCUGAUGUUGUUCCUGGUGAUCAACAUCUCCUGCGCCAUUUGCCAGAUGAUUGCUGCUGUGGUGGGUACCGUAGCUAUGGCUGUGUGUGUGUACAUGAUCGUAGUUGCCUACCAACUAAUGUUCGGAGGGUUCAUCGUCAACUCAACGGCGCUUCCCCCCUGGGCCAGAUGGAUCCUGGAGACCAGCUUCUACUUCCACGCCACACAAGGCAUGUUUGUCAACGAAUUCGAGAACAAGAAAUACGGCAAAGCGGUCCAAGAAUGGACGGGAGUGGUGCACAAAUGGGACAAAAUGUACUACCUGGAGAUGCUGAUUGUUUAUUUCAUCAUUGUACGGGUCGCGGCCUUCGUAUUGCUUAGAUACGCCAACCGCGAGCGUAGGUAAAGCCCAAUGGUAUAUUAAUUAUUAAAAGAAUAAGAUUAUAAAGAUGAUAUGAAAC